AUGUCUGAGAUUGCUGGAUCACAGACACUCUUCGUACCAGAAAACGAAAGAGUCUCUUUGGACGUGAAUAACCUUCAGGUUAACGUCAAGUCCAAGGAUGUCGAGUCGGGCCUGGUGCCUAUUCUCGACAGGGUCUCGUUUGAGCUUCCCACCAACAAUAUCAUGGCCAUCAUGGGUGGUUCUGGUGCUGGUAAGACGACGCUUCUUAAUGUUCUUGCCCAGCGUUUGAACGUUAACCAUGCUACGAUGAGCUUUUCUGGUUCGGUCGAUUACGAAACUUCCAGUAAGAAGAAGAUUACUACUGCUUACAUGCAGCAGGAAGAUGUCUUCUUGCCAGGUCUUACGCUUCGUGAAACUUUGUUGUACCAGGCUGAACUUAGAAUGCCUGGCAUUACCCAGUUUGAAAGAAAAGAACUCGUGGACUCUCUUUUGCUGCUUUUGCAAUUGAACCACAGAUCCGAUGAAAUCGUCAAGUCCUUCACCAACCACAUCAACCUUUCUGGUGGUGAACAAAGAAGAACUUCUUUGGCUAUCCAGCUUCUUAACAAGCCUGCAUUGCUUUUCCUUGACGAACCAACCACCGGUCUUGACACCACUUCUGCAUUGACGCUUGUCCGUAUUUUGAGGACUUUGGCGUCUCCACAAAUCGGUAUCACCAUUGUGCUUUCCAUCCACCAGCCUAGACCAGAGAUUGCCGCUCUUUUCGAUAAGCUUUGUGUUCUUGCUCGUGGUGGUCGUUUGAUCUACUGUGACUCUUUGAACGAUGCCAGCACUUACUUCAACCACUUACAUGAAAAGAAACUCGUUGAACAGAUUGAGACUGAUGCCGACUCCUUCGCUAUGUUUAAUACGCUCAUGACCAUGUCUGUGAAACUGACUCGUUCUGCUGCUGAAGAAGCCAGAACUUCCAGAAUCGUCGAUAGCCUUGUGGAGCUGUGGCGUAUCGAACACUCCAGGGACUACUCAUUGACCCUUGAUGAAGAACAGAGCAAGUUCAAGAGCAACAUGAAGGUUUUUAGCUCCACUCAGCCUUUGCCUCUUUGGAAAGAGGUGUACGUGCUUACAAGAAGAACCUUUAAGCUUUCCUACAGAGACUAUUUCUCCUUGUUUGCACUUAACGGUAUGUCCCUUGCAUUGGCCAUUGUCCUCGGCUGGAUGUUCUACAAGCCUCCUGCUGACUUGGCCGGUAUUAGAUCGAUCACAUCUGCCCUUUACGUUGUGAUUGAAGUUCUUGGUUUUGCUCCAUUGCUUAUGGAGCUUGAGAGACUUUGGGCUCACGAUGGUGUUUUCUUCUUUAAAGAGUACAAAGAACGGUGUGUCAGUAUUCCUGGUUUUGUCAUUUCGAGAAGAUUGGGCAAGCUUUUGCUUGAGGAUAUCCCCGUUUCUUUCUUGUUUGCUGUUGUUACUUACUUUAUGUGGGGCUUAAGAUUGGGUCAGACCGCCGAAGGUCCAAACGAUGACUCUACCCACUUUGGUAUAUUCUUUGCUAUCAGUUUCCUUGUCACUGCUAUUGCAUUUUCUACCGGUUUCUUGUGUUUCACUUUGGGUUCAGACUUUUCCAUUUCCGCUUUGAUCUCGAAUGCUUUCUACCAGCUUCAGAACUCUGGUUGUGGUUACUUCGUUAACGCUGCAACCAUGCCUGUCUACGUUCGUUGGGUGAAGUACUGUGCUUACUUCUGGUAUGCUUUCGGUGCUCUUACUGCUAACCAAUACACUGACUGGAUGGGUGAAUGUCCUUACCCAGCAGAUGACGAAAGAUGUUUGGAAUACUCUGGUAACUACCAGCUCAACAUGUUGGGUUUCCCUAAGGGCUGGAUUGGUGAGCCAAUUGGUAUUCUUGUUGCUUGGUGGAUCGGAUUCAACAUCAUUUCUGGUGUUUGUCUUUGCUUCAGAAACUACGACAUGGCUGUGGCCAAGAAGAAGAAGAACAAAAUUGGUGGAGACGAAGAAGAUGAGAGAAAGCUUCUCGACUUGUCCAGUGAGUGCACUGAGGAGAAGGACCGUGUUGCCAGAGAGAGUGUUGCCAUCAACGUUAAGAAGAUAACAUUGUCUGUCAAGGUUAGAGAGACUAGAUCUCUUCUUGCCAAGAAAGUUAACAGAGUCUUGCUUGACAAUGUUACUGCCAACUUCAAGGCCAAUGCCGUGAACGUCAUCAUGGGUCCUUCUGGUGGUGGUAAGACUACCUUCCUCAACUUCUUGGCUGACCGUUUGCCAAAGACUUCUAGCUUCUCUAGAAGUGGUAACAUUUUCUUGAAUGACUCCACUGAGGUAUCUCCUUCUGAGUUCUCUAAGAUUGCCGCUUACGUUACUCAACACGACAACUUGUUGAUUCCUCAGUUGACUGUUCGUGAGACACUCUUCUACCAGGGUAAGUUGCGUUUGCCAGUGGAGGAGCACUCUAGAAUUCCUUCCAUUGUUGCAUUGCUUUUGAGACAAACCGGUUUGAUCGACUGUGCUGACACUCCUAUUGGUUCUGCCACCGUGAAGGGUAUUUCGGGUGGUGAAAAGAGAAGAGUUUCUAUUGCUAUCCAGCUUUUGGGCAGACCAAAAAUUUUGUUCCUUGACGAGCCUACCUCUGGUUUGGAUGUUGCUACCUCGAAGUCUAUCCUUACUCUUUUGCAUGAAUUGGCUGAGCAGGGUACUACUAUCAUCCUGACAAUUCACCAGCCCAGCAAGGAGAUGUUCUGGCAAUUCGACUCAAUGGUUUUGCUUGCACGUGGUGGUUUCGUUGUUUACAAUGGUGACAUCGAUGCCAUGCCUCAAUACUUCAAGAAGCUUGGCCAUCCAUGUCCACAGGAAGUCAACUUUGCUGACCAUGUUUUGGAUACCGUUUCUAAGAGAAGCACUGAGUCUAAGGAAGAGUCUUUGGCUAGAGUCAACUACAUGAUCCAGACUUGGAAGGAGGAAGAGAUUGACAACGAAAAAGAUGCUUUGGUUCCAAGCGAGAUGGAUCUUAGCAAAUAUAAGCCUAUUGGUGCUCCAGCUUGGGUGGCAUUCAAGACUGUGCUUCACAGAACCUUUAUUGUCUCCUUGAGAUCCACCGAUGUUAUGUUUGCUCGUGUCUUCCAGGUCUGUGCACUUGGUGCCAUUUACGCUCUUUUCUUCGCUCCAUUGAAGGGCAACGUCCAAGGUAUUAGUGACAGAUUGGGUCUUACUCAGAGUGUUAUCAACUUGUACUUCUGUGGUUUGAUCAACAACUUGAGUAUCUACCCACACCAGAGAGACCUUUUCCACCAGGAAUACAAGGAUUCUGCUUACAACACUUUGGUCUUCCACGCUGCAUACUUGCUUGUGGAGCUUCCAUUUGAGUUUGUUCCUUGUUUGUUCUUCUCUGUGUUGGUCGUCUUUGGCAUUGGUCUUCCAAGAACUGCUGGUAUGUUUUUCGCCAUGCUUCUUACUUCUACGCUUAUCACCAACUGUGGUGACUCCUUGGGUAUCAUUUGCACAAGUGUCUUUGAGCACUUGGGCUUGGCCGUUAACCUCUUGACCAACAUUGUUAUGGUUGGCGUUUUCAUGGCUGGUACCAUGUCGUUGCACAUGCCUCCAUUCUUCGAGGGCUGGAACUACAUCAACCCUGCCAAGUACGCUGUUGAGAUCACCACCAACAUGGCCUUCCCAGGCGAGACAUUCGACUGUGGUGGUGAUGCCACUGACUGUGCCCUUAACACGGGUGACGCUGUUCUUGAGUACUACGGUCUUGAUGCCCGGGUUGGCAACUCCAUCGGUGCUUUCAUCGGCUGCGUGAUCAUCUACCGUAUCGUUGCCGUUGGCGCCACUUACACCAGAGCUAAGUGGUUCGUAUAG